AUGGCAGUAUGUCAAAAUGUAUUAUGUUUGUCGGAGAAUUCUCUUCUGUUAUCUCUACGUGUUUUUGAUAUUGAUAAUGAUACCAUACCGCUGCAGUUUAGAAAUGGAUUUACCUUUUUGAACGCUGAUGAACAGGGACUCAACGAUGCUUUGGAUCGUGCAAUUAACCACUAUAAGAAUGAUAGUGAUGGUUGGCGACAGCUUGUCCAAAAGGUCAUGAGUAUGGACUUCAGUUGGGACUCUUCAUCCUUACAAUAUGAAGAACUUUACGAGAAGUCUGUGGCCAGAGCAAGAGCAGCAACUCGUGCUUGA